CUCACCAAAAUAAAUAAUAAAUUUCUAAAAAAAAAAAAAGAAUAAUCUUAAAACCAAAAAAAAAAAAAAAUAAUGGCAAGAGUUCAGCUAUUGGUAUGCUUUACCAUUCUUUUUGCAUCUGUAACCCUUCUGGAUUUGGCUUCAGCUCACCUAAAGUUUAAGCCAUCUUUGCCUCAACUUGAAGAUCCUAAGACGGUGAAAGAUGUAGAGCCUUACACCGUUAAAGUAAUGAUGGUCUUUGUGGCUGACCUAGAAAAGGAAUGUCCCAAGACAAGUAAAUUCAAGGCCUUCUUUGGGAAACUUAGGGCAUUUGCCAAGUAUGUUUGCCCUAUUAAAAGAAGAGACCAAGUAGAUUACGACAGGGACAUGAAGGCCAAAGCCGGAGGCAUCUUCAAGACCAUAUCUUCUUUCGCGAUCGGAAAGAUAAGGGAGGAAAUCCAAGAGGAAAAACAAGAAGCCAUUGAUACCUUUAGGUUUAUGAAAUCUGUGGCGGCUAAGAUUAUGGGAGGACGUAGGAAAGAUGAGAGUGAAGACACCAUGAAACUAACAGUAGAGCAACAAAAAGAAAUCAAAGAAGGGAUCUUGAAAUGGGAAACAGUUAUUACUAAGAUAACAAACACAAUGGUGAUGAGCUCAUCAAACUCUUCUUCAAGUGUAUCAUCUAAUGUUGAAAAAGAUGAGACAACCAACAAGAACAACAAAAGCUCUUCUGAAGAGACUAAAGUUUCAAAGUCUAACUCGGGCAGUCCUAGUACUGGAACUGACUCUAAGGAUACUAAACCUACCGAAGAAAAAUCUCCUGCUGCGAAUGCGAAAGAACCCUCUUCAAAGGAUGCUAAGCCAACCGAAGAAAGCUCUUCUCCUGCUGCAAGUGGAAAAGAAACUUCCUCUAAAGAAACUUCCUCUAAAGAAACUAAAGCUACUGGUGAAAAAUCCGCUAGUGGAAGUGUCGAAACUAGCCAGAGCAGCAGCGGCGUAAAUGUGGAAGAAGUUGAGGCUGAGACUUCCAAACAAGUGUCUGUAUUCAUAAUGAACUUGGAAAAGAAAUGUCCACAAAAGGAAGAGUACAAGGCCUUCUUCGAGCAACUAAAGGGUACAAUGAUUGCUCCCCCAAAAGAAAGAAAAGGUUUGUUUUCUAGACUUAAAUCUGCUGCCGGGAAAGUAUCUGGUGCCAUGGCAUUUAUCCGGUCAAGAAUUGGAAACAAAUCAGCUGAGGUGAAGAAGUCCAUGGAAGCUUACCAGGGAGAAGUGAUGAAGACUCUCCAAGAGUUAGAGACCAUCCACAGUCAAAUUGUGAGCCAGAACAAAGGCAAGAAGUCUUUGACAUGCACACCAGCACAACAAGUACAGAUUCAGCAAACAAUCACCAAGUGGGAACAAGUCACAACCCAAUUCGUUGAGGUUGCAACUAAGAGCGAGACACAGUCUUCUUCAUCAUCUACUUCUUCCUCCAAGAAGAUGGUUGCAAACUAAACUCAAAUCCAAAGCUAAAAGAACUCACAGAAAUAACAAUGCCAUAUAUUAUAACAACUAGCUAAAUAAUUAUAGUUUUUUUUCUUGUGUGUGUAUAUAAAAACAAAAAAAAAAUGUAUAGGCUAGCCAUAGAUAUAUCGACCAGCCUAUGCAAAGAAUAAGUUUUUGAAAUUUAAUAUAGAUUGAAUUGCUCC